AUGACCUCUCAAAAUGAGAGAAGUUGGAAGUCUGGCCCGCUUUACACUGGUUCAAUACUCGGCCUGCCGCGAUGGAAGUUCUGGCAAAAGGGUUUUGCUGCUGCUGUGGAAAGUAGUCGAGCGAGUGAAGAGUGCCGGCAGCUUGCGCAGAAAGCUGUGGAUUACAUGGAUGCUACUGAACGAGUCAAUACGUGGUAA